UUAAAAUCAUCACCGAGCUUUUAAAUAACAAAGCCAUGGCUGCUUAGAGAUGAAUGAGGAGGAUGUGGCGUUUGCCGCAGCCUUGCGGAGCAUCACUGCGGAGACCUUGCAGCAUGCACUGCAGGUCCAUGCAAGCCGCCGAGGUGCAUCCAAGACAAAGGCUCUAGAUGCAACCACCCAGCACCUGCGAGCUCAAAUCGCGUCUGCCUUUGUUGCAUCUUUGGUGCAACAAGGUGGUGUCACAGAGGGUGCUGAUGCUGAGGAGGCUGUGGCAGAAAACGGUGGCGCCACCUAUCGCCUGCGCCUAUCCUGUGUGGAUACGGACAGGGUGCCCUUGCCAACAAGGCAAACCGACUUGACCGUCAAGAAGCACGAAACUUGCCAAGCGCAUUUGACCUGCACACAGUGCAGAAGGCCUUUGGAGAUCUCUGUGGGCCAGGAGCCAAGCAAUCCACGACAAUCCACGCAGGGCAGAAGGGCCUACGUUGUCAUACUGCAAAGCAGCAAGGAAGCAAGCUUCCUUCAGGCUUUUGUACUGGGGCUUUGUCUUGCAAGACACUGUGGAGUGCAGGAGCGAGUGCUGAUUCACAGCCCUGCUGUGCCGGCAGCAUACCUGAAGGCUCUGAAAAGUCUGUGGUACUUGGAACCUUCACAUGGCUCAUGGUCAGAAGUCCAGAACAAGCAAGUCUUCCAGGACGAACGUUUGGUGAUGAUGCGUGCGCUGGGUUUGAAGUAUGACAAAGUCUUGGUUUUCCAGUUGGGCUCUAUUGUCAACAGCAACCUGGAUGAAGUCUUCGACAUCGACUGUCCAGCUUGUGUCCAGUUGCUCCCACGAAGCGAGGCACAAGGCCCUCAGAGGAAGGUAUUGCCACUACUGCUGUUGCAGCCUUCCAGCCAAGCUCUUCGACGCAUUUGUUCGGAGACUGCUCAUCGAUGGCAAAAUCCUGCCUUUCCUCCGAGACGAGGCUCUGGAGAGGAUGAACUUUAUGAUUAUUUGACAAGUUUCUUCCGGACCUUCGGCAAGACAGACUUGCAGCAGCUGCCGACGGAGUUUAUUCCAGCCAGGGUAGAAGCCGCAGCUGAUUUAUCUUGCAGGAUAUUUUUUUGCAGACCGGACAGUUCCUGGCUGGGAGAGCAAAUGCAGAAUGGGGAUACUCUUCAAGGGCUUCUCCGAGCCAUACUGGCCGAUGAUUUUGCCAAGGUGGAGGAGCUUUUUCCAAUGUUGGACGGAGCGAACUGCCAGCGCUGUGUGGAUUGCGGUUUGCACGAUGCAAUGGGAAGACAGGAUGAGCUGGACAGCAGAUGGCGCUGCCGGUUUUGCCGAGAACAGUUGCUUCUCUCUGGAGCAAGCAAGGACUCGCUUUCCUGCAUCCCAUUGCCAUUGCACGAAGCUAAAGAGCUUCAAGAAAAGCUUGGACAGUUCUUCAUGGGAGGGAGACGACAACGAUGGUACUGGACCAGUUGGAAGAUCACGCACUGGGUGGAGCUGCGACCUGCCAAUGUCAUUUGGCACAGCAAGCAUGGGGCCGGCACAUGGCAGAUGUGGAAAGAUCGUGAUGCAAAACAUCAAGUGGCUAUCUACCUCCAUGAGAGGCGAGGGCAGGAUGAGAAGGUGAAGGAGGAAGUGAGAUACAUCCUGUGGCACAAAGCAGGGAGUGACCCACCGGUCUUUGAAGAGUCUCCGCAUACUCGAAAGGUCCUUCGCUCUGCAGGGUUUGCACAGGCACAAGAAGGCCCUGCGACCUGGGCAGUGAGGCUCGAGGCGUCUGCAUCUACAAGCACGCGUGAAAUGGGCAACACGAAUCCCGAAGCUUCAGGAACAUCGCAAGCUCGAGCGGCUCCAAUGUCCACCAAUACCGGGAUGGCUGAGGUGGACAGAGCUCAGAGAAGCACAACGGAAGGGAUUGCAGUCACACAAGGCGGAGAUGUUCGAGCCAAGUUGUCCUACUUGCUUCAACCCAGAGGCACUGCAGGACCACCGAAGAAGGCUACUGAGGAAAUGGCCGACACUGACCCGGGCAGGAUGACGGAGACGCUUUCGCCCAACGCCCAGGCAAUUCCUGAGAAGCCAGAGCUUUCGGAGGUGCCGGAGGUGCCGAUUUCCGAAGAGGGACGCGAAGAAGUUCAGGUCUCGUCCCAGACAGAGAACCGAGAGGACCUCGGAGAGGAUCUCGGAGAGAAAUGCCCAGAAUCGAAGGGUCCAACGGAAGACGUGCAACGAUCCAACGGAAGCUCUAUCUGCAAGGUGGCUGACGCAGAUGCUGGUGCAGUCAAAGCUACAAUCUCUGCGAGUCCAGAGGUCCAACAAUCUCCGCCUCCAUCUCCUGAGGAGCAAAGCGUGGUCCAAGCGAAGCUGGCAUAUCUACUAAAGAGACGAUGAAGACCGAUGAAGUCCAGAAAAAGUUGUGGUGCUCACGAAGUUUGGAGCAUUUGGAGCCCCAAAAGAGCCGAAGUUGUCACCAGCGCGCACCACCAUUGCGGAAUAAGCGCCAUGUGGGCAAGGGAAAUGGGCAUCGCGGCAUGGGGCAAAAGCAACACGAGCAUCCCCAACAGAACAUUUUGUUGAUUCUGAGGAUAUUUACCGAAGACUGAGUAAUUUGGUAUAGUACAGAUAUCUACUUAAGGAGAUGUCCACCAGACAGCUGAAAACUAU